AUGUCCCCCGCCGCGCUGCUCCGGGCGCUGCCGCUGGCCGUGCUGCUGCUGCUCGGCCCGGCGCGGGCGGUCCGGCAGGCGCGGAGGCCCAACGUGGUGCUUAUCCUCACCGAUGACCAGGACGUCUGCCUGGGCGGCAUGACCCCCCUGAAGAAGACUAACGCUCUUAUUGCCCAGAUGGGAAUAACCUUCGUAAACGCAUAUGUCCCCAGUGCACUCUGCUGUCCUAGUCGAGCUAGCAUUUUAACAGGAAAAUAUCCACAUAAUCAUCAUGUUGUCAAUAACACUCUGGAAGGGAACUGUAGCAGCAAGUUAUGGCAGAAGAUUCAAGAACCAUACACCUUCCCAGCAUUGCUCAAAGCUAUGUGUGGUUAUCAAACAUUCUUUGCUGGAAAGUAUUUAAAUGAGUAUGGAGCAGAGGAUGCGGGGGGAGUAGGUCAUGUCCCUCCUGGAUGGAGUUUUUGGUAUGCUUUGGAGAAAAAUUCAAAGUACUACAACUACACUCUCUCAGUAAAUGGCAAAGCACGAAGGCACGGCGAGAAUUACAGUGUAGAUUAUCUCACAGAUGUACUGGCCAACAUGUCAUUGGACUUCUUGGAGUACAAAUCUAAUUUCGAACCCUUCUUUAUGAUGAUUGCAACCCCAGCACCACAUUCCCCUUGGACACCUGCUCCACAGUAUGCAAAGAGCUUUCAGAAUGUCAGUGCACCAAGAAACAGCAAUUUUAAUAUUCACGGCAAGAACAAGCACUGGUUAAUUCGACAAGCAAAGACUCCAAUGAGCAACUCUUCAAUACAGUUUCUUGAUGAUGCUUAUAGAAAGCGGUGGCAAACUCUGCUGUCAGUGGAUGACCUGAUAGAGAAACUAGUGAAGAAAUUGGAAGCGAAUGGAGAGUUAGACAACACGUACAUCUUCUACACAUCAGACAAUGGCUUCCACACUGGCCAGUUCUCUUUGCCAAUAGACAAACGGCAGCUCUAUGAGUUUGAUAUCAAAGUUCCACUGCUAGUUCGAGGACCAGGGAUAAAACCAAAUCAGACAAACAAGAUGCUUGUUGCAAACAUUGAUUUGGGUCCCACUAUUCUGGAUAUUGCUGGAUACGACUUGAAUAAGACCCAGAUGGAUGGGAUGUCACUGUUGCCACUGUUGAGAGGAGACAAAAAUGUCACGUGGAGAUCAGACUUCUUGGUGGAGUACCAAGGAGAGGGAUACAAUGGCAGUGAUCCUACCUGUCCUGGCCUAGGACCUGGAGUCACACACUGCUUCCCAGACUGUGUCUGUGAAGAUUCCUAUAACAACACGUAUGCUUGUGUAAGGACACUGUCAGCUUCCUGGGAUCUGCAGUACUGUGAAUUUGAUGACCGGGAGGUGUUUGUGGAAGUGUAUAACUUGACUGCAGAUCCACACCAGAUCAAUAACAUUGCUAAAACAAUUGAUCAAGAAAUUUUAGAAAAGAUGAACUAUCGACUGAUGAUGCUGCAGUCCUGCUCAGGAGCAACGUGCCGCACACCAGGUGUCUUCGAUCCCGGGUACAGGUUUGACCCACGGCUCAUGUUCAGCAAUCAUGGGCUACGGGCUCGGAGGUUUUCUGCACAGUUCUUGUAAGACCCUUAAGAGCCUCUUGCAAUGGGCUCCUACUGACCAGUUUCUCCAGUGACUGCAGCAGGUCUGUCUCUGUUAACUUUCUCUGAUUACAGCUGGAAGACUUUUAAUGGGCUUUUCAAACCCUGUUUGGAAGGAAACCCCUUGUCUUUAGCUGGUUGCCUUGUGCAAUAUAUAUAUUUUACAGCUGAACUCUAACUGUAAAUUGUUAGACACAGCUAAUCUGUCUUGCUCAGAUCAUUGAUUACCACCUUUGUCUUUCAAGUACCUUUUCAUAUCACAGGCACAGAGGUGAACCUAUGCCUAUGAAUCUGAACAGUUUAUUUUGUUCUAAAAAAUAAAUAAAUGUGUAUUCAAGUCAGGUUAGAUAGGCAGGUGCUAUUGCACAGUAAUGCUCACUCAUAUUCAGUGUCACAGACCUUCUUAAAAGCUAAUGCUUAAUUAUAGGUUUCCUGUAUUGAGUUCCAGGCUGUUGAGGACAAUAGCAAACUAGCCCAAAAGAGAACCGGAGGGCAUUAGCCAGAAGUGUAGGAUCUGAUUAGCAAGUGUCUUGUGCAGAAUUAAAACCUAUCUGCUAAACAGUUAUUUUCAAUGAGACCACUUUAGAUGAGACCAAUGCAUUUUGUAGGACAGCGUUGGUAGUUUGCAAACAAGAAUAUAAUUUCAGCCUCCCUCUGGUUUGAAAUGCUGGGCUGGGUUACUGUACUACUGAAAGACCUCUUAGGGUUUUGGACUGACUUCCUAGUGAGUUAAGACACUGUUGAGACUAACAACUGUUCAAGUAAGUGUGCCUGUGCUUUGAGCUAACUCUUAAAUCUGUUUUUAAUACACAAACAGAAGUAAUACUAAAAUAAACAAAAUCCAACAAACCAGGGCACCACAGUAGAGGUGAUCUGUCUCUAACCUCCAAAUGUCUUGAAUUGUUUAACUUCUUAUGUUGAUUAGAUUCUUGAAGGUAAAUUAUUUUGAAAGCAAACUAGGUAAAAAUAAGUCAUAGAAUCAUUGCUCACUAGACAUUAGGCUAAGAGCUAUUUUAGGCAGUUUAAAUGCUUCAUAGUGUCGCUUUUUGGUUGAGACCUAACUACUUGGAACCUGCAAAAAGUGGCCUUCACACCAAAGGUCUGCAUGUCAGAAGUCACUUGGUUUCCCUCCAAAAUCUUGAAAAACACACAAACUUGCGUUACCAUGUAGCUUCUGUAUAGAUUCACUGGCAAAACACCACCUGGAAACACUGAAUUAUGGACCUUCUGCAAGACAAGUUUUGUGUUGCUUGUGGGCAACUCAACUCUGUUUUCAGGAGUGAUAAUCAUUCCCUUGUCAAGCAAACUGUAGCAAAACUCUUUAGUGUUGUUAUUUCACAUCUCUUACCCCAGUAGAGAGCGUGAUUAUUUCAGCUGAUUAAGUAGGCAACAAAGUAUGACUCAAAACUGUGAAGGUGCAUCCCCCAGUGUGCAGAUCCACAAACUGGAUACAAGCAAUGCUACAACAAAGUAAAUUGAACUUUCGGGCUUUUAAUUCUGAGGCACGGAAGUUGUCCUUCAUGUUGCUUAGAGUUGCAAACUUCUGUGGUGGUCUACAGGUUAGAUUUUUAUAGAACUUUUGUUUCAAAUCUCUCAGGAGUGACCAAAUAUUUGGAAGAAAAAAAAUAGCUUGAAAGGUAGCUUUUCAGCUGAGGUAUCUGUAUAAAUGCAGAGGGUUUUAGAUAUUCAGACUCCUUACAUGCUUUCAGAAACUCAGGACUUUUUUUUUUUUUUUUUAACUACAGCUGUAGCUUUAUCCUGCUUUUUGUUUCUCAAGCUUCAGUAUUGGCCAUCAGUAUCCUUUAUACACUGUUUUGUCUCUAGAAACCAAACCAAAGUUGUCUUCAUGCUCUCAAGGGUUUUCUUACACACUGAGCUCAUGUAGGUAGUGUUUUGCUUGGAGAAUUCUAGCAAUUUAGACCUGUUCUUCGUUUAAACUUCAUUUUUGGUAGCUGUGUGGAGGCUAAUGUGAAAUACAUUGACUGCUGCACAUUAAACCCUCAUCAGUCCUAUCAAAUCUGGGUCGUACAUCAAGUUUCUGCUUAAGUUUCAAUGCAACUUGUGUAUUCUGUUGCUCCUUAUUAGAAAAAAAAAAACUUUGUUAUGGGUAUAGAAAUGUAACUUUAAUACAUUUCUUAAUUUCUUACAAUGAUUUUAAGCCCUAACAAGGACACUUUCUUUUGAAUUAUUUAUUUUUUGCCUAAUUAAUAAUAUGAAAGCUCACAGAAUUGAUGCAGAUUAUUCAGUAUGAGUGACCAGAUGUUUUACCCAAAUUAAUACUCUUGCUGUCUGCACAUACCUGUAAAGCAUUUUGUAACGAAGGUCAGUAAUUUAACACACUGUCAGAGAACCACACUAUACCUGAAAUCUGACAUAGGUAGUAAAUGUAUUAAACUGAAAUUCAGAAUUAAAUUCAUCAGUCCUUACUUAAUGGUUCAUGGGACUAUUUGAUUUGCUCCCACUUUUGAUAAAGAGUUAAGAAUUGUUAAGCACGUAGUUGAAGGAAGAACAGGAACCAAGAGCUGCCUGCCUUCCAUUGCUUUUAGAGCAGGUUAUCACUUGUGUCUGUUGCCAUAAAGCAGUUAAUUCUGAAUAUUUUUACAGCCUCAAAUGAACAGUGUUAAUUCUUAUCCUUGAUAAUUAAAAAAACCACUAUGAAGGAGCUUUGACUCUUAUCCAGAUCUAAUUCCCAAUUAAGUUAUUUUAAAACUAAAUGGUCUUUCUGGAUAUUCCAUUUCAUGUGUUAUUUGACCAUGGCUGCAUCUCUACCUUGUUAUGGAAGGCAUUGAUGUUAAAUGCACAGAGUUUUAAAUAAAGGGCCUUACUGGUACAGAGCUGAGUUUAGAUAAAAUGUGAUCAUGUUUUUUACUUUUUUUAAAAAAUCAUUAUUAUCAAAAGCAGAGCUAUGAUUUUUUUAAUGAUCUGAUAAAGUAGAUACUAUACAGGGAGAAAUUAAUAACUUUGUUAUGCAUCCUAAAGCAAACCAACAUUCAUUAUCAUCACUUCAGCAUAAGUGAAUACAGCCAGUACCUGCUUUUACCCAGCAUGGGCCCACAAAACUGGGCUUCUUCAUUUUGGGGAAUGAAGCUGUAGCAGGGACAUAUACAUGGAAACACACACCCAAAGCAAAUGUAAUACCUUUUCAAUUAAGUUAAAUUUGAGACUGAUUCAUCAAGCUGAAUACAGUAUUUGAACAUAAUGAAACAGCUGUCAUUUAUUGUGAUUCAAUUAAAAUGAAUUUUCAUUGUAUGACUCUCUCUGUAUGUGAGCAUACUUUGCUGUAGCAUGGUGUGAGUAUAUUUCUGCUGUUUUGAACAUCUGUUUAGCAAGUGCCCUUCUAGAGGACCCUGUUCACUGCUGCACUUUUGAAGAAAGAAAAAAUAAACUGCCUAUCAAACUUCC